AGUCUUUAAAUAGCGGAGGCCCUAUAAAUAUUAUUGCCCACUCAUUAAAAUAUCCCAAGGUUGCGUUAUAUUUAGGCGUUGGGUUUUUUUCUUUCUCUUGUUCUGAAUUUUGAAGCUUAGGGUUCUGUUUCCCUUUUCCUUUCGAUUCCAAAUCAAAAACCCUAGCUACAACCAUGUCUUCCAAGCAAGGUGGAAAAGCUAAGCCUUUGAAGCAACCAAAGAAGGACCAGAAAGAUUAUGACGAGACUGACUUGGCCAACAUUCAGAAAAAGAAGGAAGAGGAAAAGGCUCUGAAAGACCUCAAAGCCAAGGCACAACAGAAGGGAGCUUUUGGAGGUUCUGGGCUCAAGAAAAGUGGGAAGAAAUAAGGGGGUCUAAUACUACAAUUCCGAUGGGAAUGGGAAUUAGUAUUCAGUAUUUGUGAGCUGAUGUAUUAGUAGAAUCGUUGUCAUAAGUCACGAUAACGUUCUGUGGAUUUACUUAUCAUUUAUGUGAUGGUCUAUGUUGUUUAUGAAUUUGCUCCUUAACUUGUUUGAUACCCCAUUCUUAAUAGUAUUUUAAACUUUCUAUAA